GCUUCAUCACCAAAUUUAGAUUUCAUGAUCAAAUAAACCACACAGGGAACGGCUGUCAGCAUGGUGAUCACCUUGGUGUUCAUCCUGCUCAGGUCCUGGACUGAAGUGUUUUCACAGGCUGGGGCACUGUGAUGUCCUGGCACUGGUUGCUCAAAGUGUUCAUGCUCAGAGGGGCUUGUGAGCCGUUGCUGAACACACAAUGGUCAGUAUAGCUGUGUGAGUGGUCAUGGCCCCAAAUGUACUCCCCUGACUUCAGUAAAUCAAGUUGAAUUCUACAGAAAGGUUCUGUUGGGUUCUCACCGGAAUCUCUUUGGAUGUGCCUUUGGAUUCCAAGAUUGAGCUGGGUGUUGAUGUAGGAAGAUGUUCCAGUUUCUUCCAGCUACCUGAUGCGAGAUGAAGACAGUCAGCGAAAACCAGAAGAUCUACGGUUACAAUUAAGAACCUGAGACCGGGCUGCAGAGGACGGGAGAGAUCAGGCUGCCCCAGCAUGGACGACGAUCUUUCAGAAGAUACAACUUGUAAACAGCAGGAGGAGUUGCCUUAUGAUGGGGCUGAUUAUGCUUUUACCUCAGAAAAUGGCAUCCUCGAUGGCUCAGAUCAAGUCAUUUUAAUAGCAGAUGGCCCUCAAGAGGAGGCUACACAUGACAAGCCCUGCAGAAACACAGCGAAGGCCAUGCCUCCAGGUUACAUUACCGAAAAUCCUGUCAACAAAAAACACGACCAAGAGAAGCAAUGCGCCGCGGUAACUCCCAACAUUCCAGCUGACCAAGGAGACACCUCAAAUUCAAACAUUUCGGACAUUUUACUCCAUCACCUUUCUGAAGAGAAAUUCUUAAGCGGUCAAGGCAUCGACUGUGAAACUCCCCCAGAGACCUCAAAUACUGACAGUUUUGAAGAAGGAGCUAUUAUUGAAAAUAUUAUUUCGUGUUAUAUUAAGAAUUCUUGCCCGGAAGAACAAACCUCAAAACUCACUGACCAACUUAACCACAAAAGGGAUGAUGAAAAUAGCAACGAGCACGGAUGUUCUCUAAACAUGAUAGAAGAAAACACCUCUGAUUUAGAAGAGCCAGUGGCCGCUGGAGAUAGCAGCCAUCCGGAAGAUUCAAAUUUUCUAACUAAAAUCAAGGGUCCAAGUGAUGAGCAAAAACGUUGUCAAGGGCAGUCACCCCAGAACGAGCAGACUGGAAAAGCAAGUUCAGGCAGCAGAUUCAAAUGCUGCCAAGGUCACGCUCAUUACCAGCGCCCUGAUUUCUCUAAGGCUGUUCCCAAAGUGAAAAUUCCUAAAAAUGACAUAGUUAAUAAACCACUUACAAUAGCUAAACAAGCCAACUUUUCUCCUAAAUUGAGAAGUAAAUCAGCUAUGGUGCAAGAUACCUUGGAAACCAUGCCUAAGUCAAAUUGUGUUGAAACACAACAUCAAGAGCAGAAGGGGAAAAUUACUGAGCCUUCACAACAAUUACAGAUGGAACCUACAGUAUGUAACCACCAAGAACUGCUCACAGGAAUAGAAUCUGAGACAAGCCUCCUUAAGGUGUCAUCAACACUUCAGAAAGACCCUUCCUCAAAUUCUUCUAACAUAUUUCAAAAGAUAUGCCAAGGGAAACAGAUGUGUAAGAAGUUAAAAGAACAGACUGACCAAUUGCAGACUAAAGUACAAGAAUUUUCCAAAAGAAUAAAACAGGAUUCUUCCUGUCACGUGCAAGAUAAGAGAAUGGUCCUAAAGCACCUGCAGGGACAUCUUGAACUGCUGGAGCAGAAGUUUCUGGCCACCAAGGACACACAUCUGGCUCUGCAGCAGCACACCCAUGAGCACAAAUCUGCAACUGUUGGUGACUUUGAUCCAGAAAGAAAAGUGGAAGGUGAAAUCUUCAAGUUGGAGAUCCUACUUGAAGAUGUUAAGCAGAAGAUUGAUGAAAGCAAAAACACUUCAGCCCUCUCUCUUCCUGCAAGUUCUCCAGGCAUCCCGGAUGGCUUGAUAUCCACAUCUUCUUCACUCUCAAAUGAGGAGGACCUCUGCGGCACCUUGGGAACGAGGCAACAUGCAGAGACGACGGCGCCCAGUCUGAGCUGUGCCUUCUGCCGCCAGCUCCUGGAAUGGAAGCAAAAAAUGGAGAAAAAAGGCCACAGAAGGAUCAACCUUGGAGGGUUUUCAAUUGUCCUUGAAGAAAAGACACUCUGCUUGGAUUCAACUCUCAGUUCUAAUAAAGGACACGGCUUCUGUUCUGAUCCUGGAACUGAACGGCAGGGUAGCAAAUGUGAGGACUGCGGCACUAAGAUUCCUAACUCCAGAAGAGUCUGCAGUCAAGAACCGCUUAAAGAAUUUCAUUACAGAUACAACACUCCAGGACAGAAUUACUUAAAUCAUAGCAAAAGAGGUGCCUUUCUCCAGCUCUGCUCUUUAGAUGAAAGCAAAACUUCUUCACCUUCUCGCUCAAAACCAAAACGGAUCUGUUCCCAACGAGUGAAUUCAAAAUCCUUUCAAGGUGAACAUGAGCCCACAGCAGGAAAGAAAAAUCUUCAGGCUUUUGUCGCUUACAGCUCAGACUCUUCAAUACCCUCAUCCCACUUGAACUCCAGCAUGAUCUCUGGAAGGAAAUCCUUAUGUGACUUUGAUAGCACUGAAGAAACAAAAUCUGAGGUUUUAAAUGUGGCUUUGGAUCAUGCCCUAAAGACAGCAACCAAUUUGAAGGAAACUACUGAUCAAAUGAUUACAACUAUUGCAGAAGAUCUUGCCAAAGCACAGAAGUGGAGAAAUCGACUGAAACACUAGUUCAACCCAAGGCAACCAAGGUUUUAAAGAAAAAAAAAAAAAAGAGAAAAGAAAACUG